UUGUCAUAUGAUCAGCCAAUGACAGGGAGGACAGCCAGGUUUUAUGAUCUUUGUAUUCGCAGCGAUAUUAAAGGCAGAGAGUCAGAUCCGCAUUUGCUUUCAGUUUGGGGGACACUGGGCAAUCGUUGUUAAAGUGGCUAAUAACGAACUCCUUUUCUGUUUUCUAUCACCCUUUACAUUUGGAUGACAGCUCGGGACAUUCAGAGAUGUCAGGAAUAAUAAACAACUGAGGGGAGUAACCCGGAAUAAGAAGUCUGAGGUCGCCAUGGGGAGUAAAGUCAGUGGCAAGAUGGCCGCCGCCGGUAGGGUCGUUCAGGUCGUACGGCCUCAUGCUCCAUUGAUAAAAUUCCCGAAUCGAAAGGAUAUACCAAGGCCAAAUGUCCAAGAGAUUUUGAAAACGGUGACUGCCUGCCUAGCAGAAACACCCCCCCUGGUGCAGACCCCUGUACCGCCACCCCCGCCCUCUUCAGCAGCCAGGCCCCCGGUGACACUCACCCGUCUCCCUGGCAACCCGGACACGGUCGCCGCGGUGACGGACUUCCCCCAGAGGUACCGCAGGAGGCUCAUGACCCUGGAGGAGAUGGACUACAUCCAGCGUGGCGGGCCUGAAUGAGACAGAGUUCCUGUGUAAAUCUACCAAAGUCCUUAUCUGUGGAUAUUGCUUUGUGUCUCCGCUUUGUGUGGGGAGUGCAACCUAUCGUUGCGGGCACACUGCCUUGUAUAUUAUGACUUAAUAUAAAUACAAUUAUUUAAUUACUGGGGGACAUUUAUACACAGUUUAUUUUUAAAGGUGUUGAUUGUGGUGUAACUUUCCCCCCCUCUUCUGAAUGCUUCCAUGUUUGUCGCUUCAUUGUUUGCCCGCAGAGUUCUUAAAGGAACAGGGAACUGUCUCUUACUGAAAGCAGAGAAUACGUUAUGUUAUUUUGCGGUUGCUUUGAGCCCUCUGUUGGUUGGAGCUUAAAGGGGAUGGAUGGUGUUCUCUGUAACCCACACAGUAAUGCAUUCUCUUUCCUGUAGUAAAAAAAAAAAAGUCAGGGUUGUAGAAUUGCCAUUUCCCAACACCGUGCCCUAUGACCUAUGACCUCCAGGGAGGCACAGGCAUAUAUCAUUACACCACAUAUAUGCUGCUGCUUUGCAUAGUGUUACACCAUUUCUGCACAUUUUGAGAGACGCUAAGAGUAGGCUGAGAGACAGGAACUGAACCCAGGCUGAUUAUACUGACAGCCACUUGCUGUUCUACAGCUGGCUGCUUGGGGUAAAGGUUUGUCUAGCCCCAGAAAGACAUUUUACAUUUUAGACUAGCUACAUGAGUACUGUCAUACAAGUAUUGAGCACAGAGCUAAUGCAAAACUAAUUUGUGGGUUUUAUUGUUUUUUUUUUUUGGGUGGGGUUGGAAUUUUUCAUGAAUAAAACAAAAAUCUAUAAAUUAA